AUGGCAAGUAAAUUCAUAACAUUCGUGGGCUUAUUGGCCUUAUCCGGCUCCUGCAUGGCUGGUGGUGUUGCCACCUAUUCCUACAAUCCCCUAGUCAAUACCUAUGCUGCUCCUGUGGUGGCUGCCAAAACCGUUGUGGCUCCUGCUGCUGUCGUUAAAACGGAAGAAGUUGAUCCUCAUCCCCAAUAUGGUUUCUCCUAUGGUGUUCACGAUUCCAUCAGUGGAGAUAUCAAAUCCCAGGUUGAAUCUCGCGAUGGUGGCAACGUUGCUGGUUCCUACAGUGUAGUGGAUGCUGAUGGCUUCAAGCGUACUGUCACUUAUACCGCCGACGAUUUGAAUGGUUUCAAUGCUGUUGUUACCCGUGAACCACUUGCCCCUGCUGUAGUGAAAACUGUUGCACCUGUGGUCCAUGCUGCCCCCAUUGUAAAGACUUAUGCUGCUGCCGCUCCUGUAGUCCAUGCUGCUCCUUUGGUGAAAACAUAUGCUGCCGCUGCUCCAGUUUUCAAGACCUAUACUGCCGCUGCCCCAGUUGUUCAUGCCGCUCCAGUGGUUAAGACUUAUGCUGCUGCUCCAGUCGUUCAUGCUGCCCCUGUAUAUAAGACCUAUGCUGCUGCUGCUCCAGUUUUCAAGACCUAUACUGCCGCCGCCCCUGUUGUGCAUGCCGCUCCAGUGGUUAAGACUUAUGCUGCCGCCCCUGUAUUGAAAACCUACACUGCUGCUGCUCCCCUCGUCAAGACCUACUCUGCUGUAGCUCCUGUGGUCCAUGCCGCUCCUGUUGUGAAAACCUAUGCCGCUCCCGUAGUUCAUGCCGCCCCUGUAGUGAAAACCUAUGCCGCUCCCGUAGUUCAUGCCGCCCCUGUUGUAAAGACCUAUGCCGCUCCUGUGGUUCAUGCUGCUCCUGUGGUUAAAACCUACACUGCUGCCGCUCCCCUUGUUAAGACCUACUCUGCUGUGGCUCCUGCCGUCCAUGCUGCUCCCUUGGUUAAGACCUACUCUGCUGUUGCCCCUGCUGUACAUGCCGCUCCAGUGGUCAAAACCUACUCCGCUGCUCCAGUAGCUUUCUCUACUCCUUUCUUCCGUUCUGCUCCCGUUUUGCAACAAUUUCACCAAUAUCCCCAACAACAAACCUCCUACUUCAGUGCUCCAGUGAAUCAGCAACAAGAACAAUACGCCCCCUACCCCCAAUACGAAAUUCCCCAACAACAAUUCCCUCUUGGACAACAGCAGCAACAACAGCAACCCCAAGAAAACAAUGAAGACUCCGAUGUUGUUGAAGCCCGUUCCGCUCCCACCGAAGAACAACAACAGCAACAAAGAAAUAACAACAAAGCCGAAGCUUCUACCACCACUGCUGCCCCAGCCCCCGUCACCGAAGAUCAAAAAGAAUCUGAACAGAAAAAAUCCAACUAA